AUGCACAGCCCGAGAUCUGCGGAUGCACGCGAGGUAAUGCAGCAUAUGCGGCUGGAAAGGGCCACCCACGUCCGAACGAUACAAGGACUGGGGAUGUCUGAGCUGGAGCAAACACUGAGGCAAGGAUCUAUGGAGCACAUCCAGAAAGUAGGGAGGAAAAGGAGUGGAAAGGAACAGAGAGCGCCAAGAAGUUGCGGCACAUUUGCACCCGAAGAUAGUUCAUUACGUGCUGUUAAUGACGAAGAGGAGCUUGCAACUGCAUGA